AUUAUCAAAGAAAAGGAUCCUACUCGAAUUAGGACUCAAGACUUCUAGUAAAACUUGAUUUUUCUUCAUUCCACGCUUCUUGCAUUUUUUCCACCCAACCUCGCUACCUCUUUUCUCUCUAUGUUAUAGUUUUGUGUUCCCUCCACAAGUUGAAGGCCUUGGUCCUCCAUCAAUAGUGAAGUUUAAUGCUCUUUCUCUUCAUAAUUUUUUUUCUUGAAACAUUGGAUGCAAACAUUACUUUCUUUCAAGUCAAGCUUGGUUGGCCCUUAAAAAUUGCUGAACCUCAAUUUACUUUCUAAAACAAUGAAAUUUAUUAUCCUUUAUCUUGAUUAUUUGAUUUCCUUGAAAUACUGGUGCAAACAAUUCUUUCUCUGAGAUAUUGCUGUUGAAUGGAUUUGUUUUGUCUCAAGCUUGUUGGCCCUAAAAAAUUAUUUACCUGUAAUUUCUUUCUAAAACAAUAAAUAAUCCUUUCUCUUGACUAUUUGAUUUCCUCGAAACACUGGAGCACACAAUUCUUUCUCCCAAUAUAUAGCAGUUGAAUGAAUUUUUUCUGUCUCAAGUUUGUGGGCCCUAAAAGAUUAGUGACCUGUAUUUACUCUCUAAAACAAUGAAAUAACCCUUUCUCUUGGUUAUUUGAUUUCCUUGAAACACAAGAUGCAAACAUUUUUCCCCUUUUUCUCUUUCGAUUUUUAAGUAUAACCUUUCCGAGGAGCAACCUUGAUUGGGCAGCAAAAAAUUUAGAAAGUUCAACUUAACUAUUCUUCGGGUAUUUUUAAAAUUUACUUUGCCUGGUGGUGGAGCAUCUAUCAGUCCAAGUGCAUAUUUGAUGGAUUCUAUAAUAGGAGAAAAAUCAUUCUUAAAAGGCAUUACUCAAUCGUCUGGGCUACACCCCUGAGAUUAGCCAUGGGGUGUUAGCUGAAAUGGCUGAGCACAGAAAAGAGUUAGAGAAGAAGACAAAACCCAUUUUGGAUACUCUAAGGAGCUACCAAGACUUGCCACCGGACAAAGCUUUGGCUGCUUUAGCCAUUGAGGACAAAAAGAGACAGUAUGCUGCUGCUGAGAAAUAUCUUGAAGAUGUGCUACAGUCUGCCCUUGCCACCAACGAUUGACUGACACCCACCAUUAUUUUUCAUUGUAAGAAACAUUAGACCUAAUUGGAUGCUUUAACUUGUAGUCUUCCUGUUCAUAUGGCCCAAAAGAAUGAUUAGAUUUCUUGUUUGCAAAAUUUCCCACAGCCAUUUGCCUCUCCCUGUGCCUGAAAAUUGUUUAAGUUGAUUUGUAUUACAAUGUCUUCUUUUGUUACGUUUACAGAAUUCUGAAAAUUAUAUUAAGUCGGGUUUUAUUUGAUGUGAA